GUGAAUUUGGAUUCUUUUCCAUUUAGUAGCCAAUGUACAAGCUUUUAUGAAUACCAUUUGGCACCGAUCUUCAGACUAUCUGAUACGGAAGAAACGUUUUCCAUGGAAUAUUCAUAGUUCUCAAAAGCAUUAAGGAGUUCAUUUUAUCCAUGUACACAAUUUGUUGUGCGGAAAGUACGUGCAAGCGUGGAUUCAUAGGAAUUGAAGAAUUGGAUUGCCCUGGUCGCACAUAAUGAGUAGCGCUAGAAGUGUUCCAUUUGGUAAGGACUUGCCACCACCCCUUGUACCACUGCCUAGCUGCCAUGCUCGCGUUAAACAACUGCAGGCUCGACUAUUCAAAGGAGUUCCGCUGUCGACGAGUUACAUAGCCAACUGUCGAUUAUGUUUGGGCAGCAACUUUGGCGAAAAAAGCACCACCAUCAUCGAAGAACGACUCUGCACGAUGUUGAAGCACGUGUUUCCCUUCCCGAUUAACAAUCAAAUAGGACUACCGAUGAACGUGUGCGCUGAUUGUUACAAAUCGGUACAGGUAUUUUACGGAUACAGUCAUCAAGUGCAAAUUAAUCAGCAGAAACUGCAAAAAUCAUUGGUGAAAGCAGAGUACCUGGACUAUACUGACAUCAAUAAUGCCGUGCUGAAGAGAGCGAAAUAUCCUGCCAUGAAACGAGAAAACUUUGAACCUGGUGUAAGGGAAAGACGGUACGUGGGAGGUGAUGAAUCUCAAAAAAACUAUGAGAAAGCGCUCCUAAUUGAUACAGAUGUACAAUGCAAAACGGAAGUGGAUGAGGCAGGUCAAGGUGAGAAUCCACCAUCGCACCCGCCGUACUACGAUGACAAGCCGAUGCGAUCUGUAGCAAAGGUUGGAAUCGUUAGCACAAGUGAAACGCCAAAAGGCAACACUAUAGAUAGAUUAUCUUUUGUCGAAUACAAAGCGAGCGCAAAUGGAAACGAUACAAAAGUUAAGAAUGCAGAAUCUUCCUCGAUAGCGCUUAGUUGUGACAGGAAGAAAGUACGCUAUACGUCCGAAGAAAGCGAUCGUAAAACAUUUGAACAGAACUCCACGGAACUUGCAAACCGUUUGGAACUGAAACCUGUGUACGUAUGUUGCACGUGUAAUCAAAGGUUUGAUCAACAUGAUCAAUUAAUAUGCCACCAGAAAACUCACUUAAUGAAAGAGUGUCCAAUAUGUAACCAAUCGAUACAGUAUACACUACUGGCAAAACAUGUAAUACAGGCGCACGCGGAACGUGAUCGUUGGGAAAAGAAAGUAAAAUAGGAAAUAGUAAUGUAAUUAAGCAACAGACUCUCUUUGAUGUCUCACAUUGUUGAAUUAGAGACAUAGAAAUAAAGUAAUUUUGUAUGACCGUAACGUAAUGUACAACGCAAAAUGAUUCAGAAUAUCAUGUAUACAUUAUACUUUUGCUACAACG